CAAAACCUGAUGCCAGACAAAACCAGCCGAUUCACCUGCAAAGGGAAGCAAAUUCAUCACUUCCUGUGGAUCAGCACUUUCUCUGAAUAUACGGUCAUGCCAGACUCUACCGUUGUUAAAAUUGAUGCCGCUGUCCCUCUAGAUAAAGCUUGUCUCUUUGGCUGUGGAUUUUCCACUGGUUAUGGGGCUGCGCUCAACACAGCCCAGGUCAUGCCUGGUUCUACCUGUGCCGUCUUUGGUUUGGGAGGAGUCGGCCUUUCUGUAGUCAUGGGAUGCAAAGCAGCCGGAGCUUCUCGGAUCAUUGGCGUUGACAUUAACAAGGAAAAAUUUGUGAAGGCAAAAGAACUGGGAGCCACAGAGUGUCUUAACCCUCAGGAUCAUGAGAAGCCUAUUCAGGAGGUGCUGGUUGAAAUGACAGGCCAUGGUGUCGAUUAUGCAUUUGAAGCUGUUGGGUGUUUGGAUACAUUGGUAUGUGCG